UUGCUUUCUCAGUGGGAUCAAAAUUCGGCCGAGUCCAGCGGGUUUAGACCAAUCGUUGAAGAUAUAGGUUUCAUCCAGCCGUUUCGUCCAGCCGAAAAUCAACCUGAUUCUUCAUUCAGCAGAAACGAUCCCAGUCGGGACACAGCAACAAGAGAUGAAGCUGCUGUGGGUUGUGCACAAGAUGAUGAGGAUUGCGUCUCUGAAUUCGAAAUUUCCAGAACAUCAAGCACGGAGGUCUAUAAGCCCAGCAGCACAGCCGAAACAGAUGUAUUGCAAGAUUCCACCAAAUCAGACGAAGUCUCAGAGACUACCACUAGCCAAACUCCGAUUGCAGUUGAACCGAUUGAUCGAACGUCCGAGUCAUUGUCAGAUCAACUGCAACCACCCACAACGCUUCCANAGCCGGUGCUCAUGGGAGUCAAAGAGGUCAGAGCGGAUCUUUGUCACCUCACAUUUUAA